GGGCUUGGCGGCCAUUUUGGAAGUCAUCUAGUGUUCUCCGCUUCGCUUCAUUCACACGCUGUUUUCAAAUGAAUUAAGCUCCUAAAGCAGAAAUGAUGGCGAACGUAGCGACCGCGGUGGCCGCAGCUGCCGGAAGAGACCCUGCUGUAGACCGCUCUUUAAGAUCUGUCUUCGUGGGAAAUAUACCAUAUGAAGCAACAGAAGAGCAACUGAAAGACAUCUUCUCAGAGGUUGGACUUGUUGUCAGUUUCAGGUUGGUAUAUGACAGAGAAACAGGAAAGCCAAAAGGUUAUGGCUUCUGUGAGUACCAGGACCAGGAGACAGCCCUCAGCGCCAUGCGCAACCUCAACGGUCGAGAGUUCAGUGGCCGAGCCCUGCGUGUUGACAAUGCAGCCAGUGAGAAAAACAAAGAAGAGCUCAAAAGUUUGGGCACUGGAGCUCCCAUCAUUGAGUCACCAUACGGAGAUAGCUGCCCAUCUGAGGAGGCUCCAGAGUCUAUUAGCAGAGCUGUGGCUAGCCUGCCACCAGAGCAGAUGUUUGAGCUUAUGAAACAGAUGAAACUGUGUGUUCAGAACAGUCCACAAGAGGCCAGGAACAUGCUCCUGCAGAAUCCCCAGCUAGCCUACGCUCUGCUGCAGGCACAGGUCGUCAUGAGGAUCGUAGACCCUGAGAUUGCUUUGAAAAUGCUUCAUCGACAAGCUGCUGUGCAGCCCAUAAAUCCUAGCAGCCAGUCAGGGCCUUUGCCGGUGCCUAAUCAGCCUCAUGCUCAGCCCAGUGCUCCAGUGUCCCAGCCCCAGGCCAUGCCGGGAAUGCAUGUGAAUGGUGCUCCCCAGAUGAUGCCACCUUCUCAAAUGGGAGGUGGAGUACCAGGGCCAAUGGCAGGACAGGGGCCAAUGCCAGGACAAGGCCCUAUGCCAGGACCAGGGCCUCUGGGGCCUGGAGGUGGAAUGCAGCCUCAGAUGGGGAUCCCCCAAGGAGGCCCGGUUCCUAUGGACAGAGGUGCAGGAAGCCUUCAGGACUCUCCUGUAGGAUCAUCUGGGCCAGCUGCUAUCGAACGGCCACAAGUGCCCAUGGUAGACCCACGGGCUCCUAUGCGAGGAGCGCCACCAGGACCUCAAGGGAUUCCACCGAGAGGUCUUCUGGGUGAUGGGCCUAAUGAUCCACGAGGUGGAUCACUAGUAAAUGUGGGAGGAGAAGUAGUGGAGCCCCGUGGUUAUAUGGGAGGUCCUCCACCACACCAAGGCCCACCCAUGCAUAUGGGCCCUCCAGAAAUGCGUGGACCCCAUGACAUGAGAGGGGCACCAAUGUUGGGAGAGCCCAGGGGCCCUAUGAUGGAUCAGCGUGGUCCACCCAUGGACUCUAGAGGCCAAAUUCCUCCAGGCCGCGAUCCUCGAGCUGUAGAAACUCGGGGUCCUGCGGCAGGCCAGAGGGUCCCAGUAGCAGGUGGAAUGCAGGGUGCUCCUUCUCACGCAAUGCCUUCAAAUGCUCCGCCAUCUGCCCGACCUGGUCCUGCAUCUGAGGUGUCUUCACAAGAUCACGAAAAGGCUGCUUUAAUCAUGCAGGUACUCCAGCUGACCCCCGAACAGAUCGCCAUGCUUCCCCCUGAGCAGAGGCAGAGUAUCCUCAUCCUGAAAGAGCAGAUUCAGAAAACUGCUGGUGCCCCUUGAAGAUUUGAGGGGGGGAAAAAAGCCUAACACCCCAUCCCCCCCGCCCCCUUUUUUUUUUUUUUUUGUGUCUUUUUGCAGGUUAUAAGAAAACUGUUGAGACAAUAAUUCCUGCAUCUGUGGGCAUGUAACAUGACCUUUUUUUUUUUUUCUCUUCCCGUAAGCAGUUGCUUAACAUGCCAUUGUGACUUUUCUUUUCAGGAUGUUAUCACUGCUUGAAAUUUCUAAACCUUGAGACAAGUUUCUUCCUCUUGUUUUAAGGACUGAGAUAUGCAUACAAUGUGCAGACCAUACCGAUUGUUAUCUUCAUUGUUUGCCAUUGAAGGUCUAGGAUGUUCUUUUUGUUCAUUACAAGUUGCUGUUUUUUUUGGAGUGCAAAUGUGUAGUAAUGGGGGCAGCAACUGAUUCGAACUGCAAAAGAAACCUGAAUCUGAUCCCACUAGAAGACAAAUACAAUGGGUAAAAUUUGUUGAUUUUAAUAAUUACUAAAACUGUGCUGGUGAUCUGAAUGUUUUUGUUUUUCAAUAAAAUACUGAGAAAGAA